CACCGAAUUCUCACGCGCCGCCAACUCCCACGGCCAUUUCAUCACUCCUCAGCUGAGCGAGUCUAUCUGGCAACUCAACUCGGAGGUUAGUUGCAAUGUAAAUAAUGGUUAUAGCAGUGGUUGCACCAGCUACAUGGGGUCCCCGAGUUCGCUGGCGAGUUACGAGAGUCAACGAGCCAGCUUAAUGCAGAGGAGCGUUAGCAGCCAUUCGCUGCAGAAGAAUAAUGGGGUCCACCAUCCCUUUUCUCCUCUGUUUGCUGAGUUGCUCGACUCGGAGAACGGUCCGGUUCGCAGAGUUUACAGUACUGGUGAUCUGCAGAGGAUUAAUGGAAUGCAACAUUAUCAUCAGUCAGAUAGUCCUUUGUCAAGUGAAAGUAGUAUGAUCAUAGAAGGAAUGAACAGAACCAGUCCUUAUAGCCCAGAGGAGAAGAAGGUGAGGAUUGAGAGAUACAGAAGCAAGAGAAACCAGAGGAACUUCACCAAGAAAAUUAAGUAUGCUUGUAGGAAGACAUUGGCAGACAGCAGGCCCCGUAUCAGAGGACGAUUUGCGAGGAAUGAUGAACUUGUAAUGAACCCUCAAGUUCAGUGGAGUCAUAUUAGUACUGGAGAGGAAGAAGAUGAGGAAGAUGAAAAUUGGAACAAUUUCUUUGAUUCCUUAGUUCCUGCAAAACUUGCUCAGGAGCCUGAAGGAAGUUCCUCCUUUGGUGUGUUCUAUUAAAAUAAUUGUAUGUUUUAUUAGUAUGUCUA